AUGGUUUCAGCCAAGUCAGCCGGUUUUCUGGCGGUGGGCUCGUCGCUAGCCGCCUUGAUUGCCGUUUUCAUUUAUUUGCCAGCGCUGAUCUUGAGGAUUGGCGAGAUUAAUGCACAAGUAAGGUUGAUUACUAAGUUUUUGAAUUUUAAAGAUGACUAUGUUAUAAAAUUUCGAAAUUCUAAGCUUUAAAGCUUAAAACCAAGCUACAAAAGAAGGUAUUAACUAUAAUAUUUUUUUAAAAACUCAAAUUUUCAUGUCAUUUUAGCUUAAAGUGGACACAGAAGAGUUUCGAGCGAUAGCAGACGAAGCCUGGACUGAUAUGCUCCGAGCCAAGAAGGUGCGAGGCCAGCUCCGUCCUCGGCGUCAAACUUACGGUGAAUCUCGUGGCUACGGAGAAGUCCGUGGCUACGGUGAAGCGAAACAUUAUGGAGGCGGAUACACGAAACCAGAGACUUAUGGUACUACUGGCCCUACUUGCUCAUGCAAUGCCCAGAACAAUUGUCCUGCUGGUCCGCCUGGUCCACCAGGCAAAGCUGGCGAAGACGGAAUCAAGGGCUCACGAGGCCCUGCAGGUGCUCCUGGACUACCUGGCAAUGCUCCACCUGUUACUGUUGAUCCGGUAGGUUAUUAUCUAUCAUAUGUAUGUGGUUUAAUAAUGGAAGUUAGUUAUUCUAGGAAUUUUAAGAUUCUAUUUUUCCUAAAUGACGGUUUAAAAAAUUAAAGAUUGUAUAGUAUUUUAGGUAUAACAAUAUCGUUUUUGUCAAAUUUAAAGCUUUGUAGCAAUCAAAGUCAAUAGCAAUAAAAAUCAAUUUUUCAGAACACCGGCUGUCGCGUUUGCCCACAUGGCCCUCGAGGACCAGGUGGUCCAGCUGGUGAUGCUGGCGUACCAGGCCCAGACGGAUUCGUUGGUCCAGCCGGUCGGAACGGAGAGAACGGCCGCCCAGGAUACCCAGGCAACUCAGGAAUCCCAGGAGAAUCUGGUGCCCCAGGCAAAGCGGGUGAACAAGGUGUACCAGGCAAGAACGGAGUGAAAGGACAAAAGGGACCUCCUGGCCAUAAGGGAGAAACAGGACCAGUUGGACAAAAGGGACCAGAAGGCUAUCCAGGUCCAGAUGGUGCUCGAGGCAACGAUGGAGCUCCAGGACCAGCUGGACCACCCGGUCAAGUUGGCUUACCUGGAUCGGAAGGUCAGCCUGGAGUACAAGGCCAGACUGGAGAGCCGGGUGAGGAUGCUCAAUAUUGUCCAUGCCCUAACAGAAGCUCGGGAGUCGACAAACCGGCCUCGUACGACUCUCAGCCUCCUCAGAACUACGGUACUGGCAAUACUGGAUACGGUGGCAACUCCAAUGCUGGUUACGGUACUGUGGCUCCACCAGCUCCUGUUUAUGAAAACCAAGCUGUCGAUCAAAGUGCUUAUAGACGACUAGUCUAG